GUCGUCAUCACAACAAGGUCUCGAAGAAGCAAGACGACGACGGGUAGCCUUUUUAGCUACCAAAGGGAACGAACAGAUUGCACCUAAUCCCCCGUAGAUUGUAUCCGUGCACACCUCGAUCCAGUGCUCCCGAGUGUACCGAUGACUUUCGAUGUGGAAAAGUACAAAACCUUCUACGAGUGCGACGAGCACUGGGAGCUGAAGCGCUCGUUUAUGGAAGCCCACAAGGAUCGCUUCUCGGAGGAGGAAGUCGUCUGCCUGGCGCAGGUCUUCACCAACAUUGAGCUGCUGGGUUGCCGAUAUCCCCCGGAGACGAUGCGCCUGGUUGCAGAACUAUCCAAGGAGCUGGCCACCAAGUAUCGCGAAUCCCGAACUACGAAACUGAAGCGCACGUUUGUGGCCGCUUCUGAUGCGGCGGCUGCACGGUAUGCGCCGAAAAAGUAAAAAGUAGUAGACUAUGAUUGCUAAGUUUCCGUUCAGUGUGUACUGUUUGCUUUGAUGAUCGAAAAAAAUACUAAUUCCAGAAGACUAA